UUUGGAACCAAAUUAUAUCAACAUCCGGUUCUCUAAAUUAUGCUAACUUAACCCUGAUUGGUCAACCUGUCAGACGUUAAAGGGAGCUAGAAAAGUUCAAAUGGAGCCUCAGAAAAAGUUGAUCAAUUCAGUGGACGGCUGUGUGGAUGAGGCUCUCUGCGGCCUCGUCAGGGCCUCUGGGGGGCUGUCUCUGCUGAAGGGCCACAGGGUUGUGCUGCGCUCAGACCUGGACAACUUGAGGGGCAAAGUGGCCUUGCUGUCUGGAGGAGGAUCAGGACAUGAGCCGGCACAUGGGGGUUACAUCGGUGCUGGUAUGUUGUCUGCAGCUGUGGCAGGAGGAGUAUUUGCAUCACCGCCUCCUACUAGCAUCCUGGCUGCCAUCCUCUCCUUACACAAAGCAGGAGCAUCUGGAGUUCUUCUCAUUGUAAAGAACUACACUGGUGACCGGCUUAACUUUGGAUUGGCAGCAGAGCAGGCCCGUAACCAGGGCGUCACCGUUGACAUGGUGAUAGUUGCUGAAGACUGUGCAUUUGACCAACCCAGUAAGGCUGGUAGAAGAGGCCUAUGUGGCACCAUCUUCAUACACAAGUUAGCCGGUGCUUUGGCAGAAGAAGGCUGCUCAUUGGACCAGAUUGUUUCCAAGGUGACAGAGGUGUUGAAGGGAAUUGGUACGUUGGGUGUGAGUCUGUCUCCGUGCAGUGUUCCCGGCUGCCUGCCUUCAUUUGACCUGCCGCCAGGAGAUCUGGAGCUGGGACUGGGAAUCCACGGUGAACCAGGAAUUAAGAGGUCAAAGGUAGCAUCUGCUGAUGAGGUGGUGAAGACCAUGAUAGAUCAUAUGACCAACCCACACAGCCAAUCGCAUCUGUCACUGAAAUCAGGCAACAGUGUUGUUUUGUGUGUGAACAACCUCGGAGCUUUGUCAUGCCUGGAGAUGGCUGUGGUCACCAAAGCGGCCGUCAUGUGCCUGGAAAGCCGUGGAGUGGUGGUUGCCAGGGUGAUGUCCGGGCUGUUUAUGACAUCGCUGGAGAUGGCAGGAGUGUCGCUGACCCUGAUGAGAGCCGACCCAGAAAUACUGAGACUGUUUGAUGCCAAGACUAGCGCCCCCGCCUGGCCGAACCUCAGCAGUGUGUGUGUAAGUGGGCGCAGCUACUUCGCAGAUCCUCCAGCCAUGAGCACACGGCCACAGGACGACACACACUCAGAAGGGCCCCUGAGUCCUGUUAUGCACAAAGCUUUGGAUAAAAUUUGUUCCACGCUGCUGGAGAAGCAGGAGGAACUAAACUCUCUGGAUCGUGCUUCCGGGGACGGAGAUUGUGGUAACACUCAUGCGCAGGCUGCCAGAGCUAUUCAGGAGUGGCUCCAGGGUCAUGUGGUUCCCGGUUGCCCAGGACAACUGCUUUCAGUCCUUGCUGGAUUGGUGCAGGAGAAGAUGGGCGGAUCAUCGGGAGCAUUGUACAGUUUGUUUCUCACUGCGGCAGCUGGUCAUGUGACUGAGGAGAGGAGCGAUGCUGCAGCCUGGGCCAAGGCGGUGCAUGCUGGGACACAAGCAAUGAGAAGAUAUGGAGGUGCUGAUCCUGGCGACAGAACAAUGUUGGAUGCUCUGUGUCCUGCCGUGAAUGAGCUAAUGAAGCUGCCUACAGCCCCACCUGGUGGACAGAUGGCUGUACUACAUGCUGCUGUACAGGAAGCAGCUUUAGGGGCAGAGGCGACCCGUCACCUCAUAGCCAGGGCCGGGCGAGCCAGCUACAUCGCCACCGACCGGGUCACCCUGCCUGACCCCGGCGCCAUGGCAGUAGCGGCUAUCUUGAGAGCCAUCGUGGAGGUGCUAGAGAAGCAGAAAUAAAUCAACCUUUAGGAUCUCAGCACAGCCCCACCAUCACAAAGUCAAGCCCUUUUUUACUCAUAGCUGUGCUGUUUUUUGUUUUUUCCCUGUUUAUGUCUCAACCCAUCAGAACACAGUUUUAAAUCAAUGAAAAAUAAGCUUUUGGAUAAUUUAUUUCAACUUUGUUUAUUUUGCCAUCCUUUUUUGAGAACAGAGCAGGAAAAAACAUGUUAAAUUGCUAUAAGUGGACUGGGCCUAAUGAAAAGAUGUUUACAUGCUUGCACAAAUCAACUUGCACAAAAUAUUAUGAUUAUUUCUUAAAUACAUUUCAGAUUUUUACUAGCUUAAUUUUGAUCUAUAAAUAGAACAAAUUGCACUAAAAUUGGUCACGAAAACUAGAUCUACAUAUGUAAAACUUUGAAGUAUGCUUUGUAAGACUAUUACCAGCAAAAAAAAUGUUGACUCAUACACUAAAAACUAAAAGCAGGUAUUUUCUAUUACACUUGAUUAACAAGCUUAGAAACUGUAAAACCAAGACUUCAACAACAAUCUCAUGAAUCAUGCCUUUCACCAAUGAUAAACAUUGGU